AUGGUGCGAAAAUUAAAGUUUCAUGAACAAAAGCUAUUAAAGAAAGUUGACUUUAUAUCAUGGAAAGUUGACAAUAAUCUCAAUGAGGUGAAAGUUAUGAAAAAAUAUCACAUUCAAAAGAGGGAGGAUUAUACCAAGUACAAUAAACUAUCACGAGAGAUCCGUGAAUUGGCAAAUAAGAUAAAGGAUCUGGACGCUAGCAAUGAAUUUCGUACUGAGUCGAGUGCUCAGCUUCUGGAGAAGCUGUAUCAAAUGGGAUUGAUUCCAACGCGGUGGGACCUGGCCCUGGCUACCAAUGUUUCAGCUAGCUCGUUCUGCAGACGAAGACUACCUUCAGUCAUGGUUAGAAAUAAAAUGUCAGAGAAUAUGAAGGAAGCAACUAAAUAUAUUGAGCAAGGACAUGUUCGAGUGGGGCCAGAAGUUGUGAAGGAUCCAGCCUUCCUUGUGAACAGAGCUCUGGAGGACUUUGUUACCUGGGUCGAUGGGUCAGCCAUUAGGAGACAUGUCAUGGAGUACAAUGAUUUAAGGGAUGAUUUUGAGAUGCUGUAA